GGAAAUUUCAUUUUGGGUCAACCCAACCUAAAAUCCUCUCAUUAUCUCAAUUCUUUUAUUCAGCUUCUACCUAUAUAUCACAUAACUCACUCAUUUCUCACUCAUUGCCAGAAACGAACUCAAGCAAGUUAUUGGUCCUCCAUCUCAAUCAUCGCACUUCCUACGCACUUUUUGACAAGGAAAAACCAGGACUCUCAGUCAAACUCGGUAUUACUAGGAAUCGGAUCAUUCUCGAAGUAAUUCUGUUACAGAAGAUCCAAUGCCCAUCAUUACGCCUGGAAAACGACGCAUCGGACUAAGUGCAAAUCAACGACCGUAUCACCUUCUAUCGCAAAUCGGGGGUAAGGUUAUUGGAGCCAAAGAUCAAGUCCCCACCUCUAAAAUGAGGGGAGGUGGGAAGGUUCGAGAACCCAAAUCCAUCGAUGCACCGCCUGAAGGCAGUAGUGAUGAGGAGGACGACUACCGCCAAUUACGGGACUCUGAUGACGAUGACAAAGGGAGUCAACUUGUAGAUAUCAAACCGACUACUUUCAACAAUUCUCAACAGCUUUCUUCACAGACAAGCAAUGUGCGGAGAAGUGGACGAGAAAAGCCUACGCAGUCAUCAAAAGGAAAUAAUGUCAUACGUAACUCUCAAUCCACCGAGCCCUCGAGCUCAGCUGGCUCGAAAAGAUCUGCCGAGGAUCUCAUUCCAGAGACAGGCGGUCAUCUAGUAGAUUCUUAUGGGUUCGAUCUCAAACCUAAGAAAGCCAAAUCUAGUUUCAGACGUACUACGACGUAUUCAUCCCAGCCUAGGUCUUCGCAGCCGAGAUCAUCACAGAAAUCUACUGUUAAAUCCUCGACUGCGCAGUCUGAUUUAUCUCCGCAACGCAGAUCGUUUAAGGUCUAUAAAAACAGCCCUAAUCCUGAUGAUGUUCAAUCUCCUCCAGCAAAGAGAUUCAUUAAACCUGAAAGUCUCAGUCCAGAGAAGGCUAGAUCCUCAAAGAAGUUCAAGAUGCCAUCUUUGGCUUCAAGUCCAAGUCAAGAGAGAGCAGCUUUUCGACAUACAACUUUACUCUCAGAUGACUCUCCGGCAAAAGGCAAGAUCAAAUUACUUGACACGGACGAUGAAUCAGACGCAGAUGUGAAGACCAAAGUGAAGACGGAAGUGAAAACAGAAGUGAAGACAGAAGUGAAGACAGAAGUGGAGACAGAGCUUGAUCGAAAGCCCAAAAGAAAAGUGACAAGAAAGUCUAGGGCUAAGAUGCGACAGGGAUCUCCCAAAAUCAAGUUAGAGGAGCAGAAACCAGCGUUCAAGUUACACGCCUUGGAUGAAUCGGACUACCUCGAUGAUAGCGAUGAUAAGUUGGCCGCUGUAUUUGAGGAUAGUUCCGGGGAUGAAGAAGUAGGUGACGUAACUAUAGAUGACGCAGUAGCUGCUGCGGCGAAAUGCCCUAUGUGCCAUGAAGUCGUUGAUGCCGAGCUGCUGGCGAAGUACUCAGACCAUGGCAGGAUGAAUAUUAAGAAACAAACGGCAUUCUGCAGACUACAUAAGCGACAAACCGCGCUGAGUUCUAGAUCUCAGAAAGGAUAUCCUAAGAUCAACUGGGGAGCCCUCGACUCUCGACUCAAGGUCCACCAGGAUUUCUUGAAGGAUAUCUUAGAAGGCACUCAACAGUCACACUAUCGUGACAUCCUGAGGGAGAACGUCGAGUCUGGAAAGAAUCGGACGUUGCUCACAACAGAGGAUAGUCUUACGCCAGGCUAUUACGGACCGCGGGGGCUCCGCGCAAUGACGGAGUACAUCAUGCGGACAUUGUCUUCAGUCGUACGGAAACGCGCGAUUGAGGAUAGACUUGUUUCCGCACGAGGUUAUACUGGAUAUGUCCAGGCGGUGUUGGUGCCUGAAUUGACGGUCCGUCUAAUUAUGGAAGACAUGGGUACCACAGAGCCAGAUGCACGGAAGAUCAUGCAAGACAGCAUUGAAGUUGGGGAGCUCCUAUACGAAGAUAUAGGAGAUGUUAUCGCCGCUGUGAGCGAUGAAGAGGAAGAGCCCUAAUAGAUAUUAACGUAAUGAGCGUCAGUUGAUGA